UCCUUUUCGGAGUCUUCGGAAGCGUCGAAACGCCGCAGAUAUCGGAAGACAGUGUCGGAGAAGACGCGCUUCGGGACCAAAAGAGCGUCUGCGCCGGCGCCGACUGAAGACAAGGCCAACAAUGAGUACGACUCAUGGAGCGAGUCUUUGAGCGAAUCCGACGAAUCAAUGUCCAGCUAUUACUCGGAUUCCGACCAAUCGGCGGACAAUCAGAGGCCAGCGAAGGGCGCGAAGAACGCCCGAAGUGUCGACCCGCCCAGCGCCAAGCGAGCAAAGGUGGCGCCCCCGCGGCCGCCGCCCAAAGAGGAGGGGCCGAAGAAGUCGCCCAUUAAGAUGACGUUCAUGAAGAAGCAACACAACCUCCAAAAAGACGUUUCGGUGGCGCAGAAACUGAACGGCGGCCGCGAAGUGGAGGCGCCGCCCGAAGAGGAGGACCGCCUGUCGUCG